UCCAAGAGAGAACAUGAUUUUAUGCAGUUGAAUUUUUGGACCUCCGGAUUACGAAAAAGGAUGACUGCCUGAUGACGAAACUAUACAGAAAGGAAACAGCUACAAACAGUUUGCUUCACUAUGCAUCUUUCCAUCCAGAACAUACACGACGAGGGAUUCCAGUGGGGCAGUUUUUGAGGGUGAAGCGCAAUUGCACGGAAAACCCAGACUUCAAGAUGGAAGCCUCAAACUUGACUUCCAGAUUCCGUGAACGAGGCUACCCGAAAAAGGUGAUUUCCAAGGCAUAUCAGAGGGCCAAUAGCUCUGACCGCCAGAUGUUACUUAAAACCAACAGAAAAGACAAGAAAAGAAAGGAUGAUUCCCUGAGGUUUGUGACGACGUUCAAUAACCAAUGGUCAGGUUUGAGGAAAAUUCUGCAGGACAACUGGAGCAUACUACAGUCGGACAAUAGGAUUCGUGGGAUUAUUCCCAAGACACCUCUGGUGGUAGCGAAGAGAGCUCCCAACUUAAAAGAUAUACUCACAAAGAGUCAUUUCCAGAGACCGACAAGAAGCCUGGGGAGAGGAAGAAAACUGAAGGGUUCCUUCCCAUGUGGAAGUUGUAGUGUGUGUCAACAUAUGACACCCACGGAGAAGUUCGUCAAUCGGACUAACGGACAAGACUUUCCCCUGAGAGAUUACAUCAACUGCAAAACCACCCAGGGCAUUUUUUGA